AGGAGGAGGGUUGGGAUGAGAGAGAUGGAGGCAAGGGGAGAGAAAAGAGAGAGAGAGGGAGAGACAGAGAGAGAGAGAGAGAGAGAGAGAGAGCGGCUCCUCCAUCCGAACCUCUCCGUGUGUUGUCUCACUGCUGCGCGGCUCGGCUCGCCUCAGCCGUCUUUUGUUUGACGCUUGCUCGCUGUGGACCACAACCAGCCUGAACAGCCUUCUUCUUUUUUUUUUUUUUAAGCCCCCUUUUUCCAUCUUUUUUUACCCCUCGUCUCCAUCCCUCGUGCGCCCGUCCUCGCAUCCGCCCGCCCGCACUCGGUUGCGCUCGCAAUCACGAUGACCACGAGUUCGGGGGCACCUGGCAGCCGCGUACCUCUGGAACGGUGGGCACCGCACAGCCGCGUCGUCCCGGGGAGCAUGUAAACGCCAGACGAGUUUGGGAUUUUAACGUGAAAAAGGGGGGCAACGAUGAGCAUCUUCUCGCUGUGCUUGCUCCUGUGCGCGGUUCUGCUGGAUUUAGCUGCGGGAUAUCUGACUGUCACCAUCGAGCCGCUGCCUCCCGUGGUCGUGGGGGAGACCGUGACUCUCAAGUGUAACUUCAAGACAGAUGGGAGGCUCCGGGAAAUCGUUUGGUAUCGGGUCACAGACGGCGGCACCAUCAAACAGAAAAUCUUCACCUACGACGCCAUGUUUAAUACCAACUACUCUCACAUGGAGGACUACCGCAAGCGUGAGGACCUCGUGUACCAGACAACUGUCCGGCUCCCGGAGGUUCGGAUCUCAGACAAUGGACCGUACGAAUGCCACGUGGGCAUCUACGACCGGGCAACCAGGGAGAAGGUCGUGCUGGCGUCAGGGAAUGUUUUCCUCACCGUCAUGUCCCCUCCGAACAACAUCUCAGUGGUGGCCGAGAACACGCCGGCGCCGUUCAGUCGAUACCAAGCCCAGAACUUCACGCUGAUCUGCACCGCCAAGGGUGGAAAGCCCGCGCCGUCGGUGUACUUCAAGCGGGACGGCGAGCUGAUCGAGGUGAUCUCCUACACUCAGCCGUCAGCCGGCGAUCAGGGCGGCGGCUCGGCAUGGUUCCGAGGAGCCAGGCCGCUCAUCAGCCGCGACCUGGACGAGACCAAGCUGCAGCGCUCCCUCUCCCUGCUGGACCCCGAGAGCCGCUCGGCGCAUUUGUACACGGAACGGCCUCAGCGUGUCCGCACUCAGGGCCUGCGGGCCUCCGAGCCCAGCCCCGCCACCGAGGUCAUCCCCGAAACGGUGGUGAGCCGAGAGUUCCCCCGCUGGGUCCACAGUACGGACCCCCUGUACUACUUCAGCCACACGCAAAUCCCGCAAAGCGACGGCUCGGUGGUGGUGCAGGCCCGCCUCACGUGGACCCUCAACCCACAGCUGGAUAACGACGCCCUGUUCAGCUGCGAGGUCAAACACCCGGCGCUCUCCAUGCCCAUGCAGACAGAGGUCACAUUGGCUGCCCCGAAGGGCCCGAAGCUCUAUAUGACCCCCAGCAGGGCCAAAGUCGGAGACACAGUGCGCAUCACUGUGCAAGGAUUCCAGGUAGGACCUCACGGGAACGAGGUGUUCCCGGAGCCCCUCUUCACCUGGACCCGCGUGGGGGGCCGCCUGCUGGACGGCAGCACCGAGCGAGAUGGCAAGGAGCUGAUUCUGGAGCGGGUGCCGGCAGAGCUCAACGGCUCCAUGUACCGCUGCACGGCCCAGAAUCCUCUGGGCUCCACGGACACGCACACCCGCCUCAUCGUCUUCGAAAAUCCAAGCAUGAUGAAAAACACGCAGAGCCAGAACAGCGGAGCCUCACACAUGAACGCCGCGGGCGGCCUGACGUGGAUGGCCCUUGUCCUCACAGUGACCGUGGAACUGACGUGAAAACUCGUUCGCUCGCUCUCACAUACUUGCCCUUUGCAUACAACAAACGCACACACACCACCAUUGAAAAAGAAAAGAAAAAAAAAAAGAGAACAAAUCAUCAGCGUACUUUCCACAACCUUGCGAGUGUUCUCCGGCCCUCAACAGAACGUCUGUCGAAGGCCACCGUGCUGCCACCCAAUGGCGCUCCUCCCAUUUUUGUAACGAAAAUAAUCACCACGAUAAGGCUAUCUAAAGAACAACAAGAUGAACAGGACAAUCUCCUCCCAUAUGUCCCUCCCAAGUUACCCCCCCCCCCUUUUUUUUUUUUUUUUUUUUGUCCCACGUCUGCCUGUUGUGACCAAUAAAAUUAGUUCAAACUGGAAAGAUGUCAUUGCAUUUUUCACGCAAAUGUGAAAAGUGGUUCUAACUGGGCCAAACAACAGCAAAACACGACACACAUCUACGCCACGUCCCGGAACACACCGGAUCAUCACCACAAGCGGGCGGAGGAGGGACGGAUUGAUGUGGGCAGGGGCAACGCAAACGGUCCUACAGAACAAUCUAUAUACUAUACAAGUAUCUUUUUUUCUUUGAUUUUUCUUUUUUUUUGGUUCCUCUUUUUGAGGGCUCAGAAUGUACAAAAAGACUUGAAAUGCAUUGGCAAGCUUGGCAAAAGAAAAUGCUUUUUUGAGUGUAUUUUGUGUACAUCCGUGUAAAUAAUGCAGAUAAUUAAAAGAGGUUUUAUGGGGUUGUGGUGAGGGACGGUCGUCGAGUUGUUUGUACUUCAUCCAUCAGAUCUAAACAUUGGCUGAUAGAACAAAAGCAGCUUUUAUCUGUAUCCCUUUUUUUUUUUUUUUUUCCAAAAUAUCUAUAUAUCAGUAUGACUGGAAGUGGUCUCAGAAAUGUCCGAUGUUUUCAGGAUUGUGAUUUUGAUUUAUUUAUUUUUUUCAGCACUGCUGCAGCAGUUUGUUGCAGUUAUGUUUCCUUGUCAUGCUAUCUUAAGUGACCUACAUUGUAUGUGUGUGUGUAUAUACGUAACUCUUUCUCUUUCUCUUUCUCUCUCUCUCUCUCUCUUUCUCUCUUUCUGUCUCGCACGCAGACAUUUGCCGAGAUUAGCCGCAUCACGCUAGCCGCCAUUUUUUCCCCCACGCCGGACUGAUAAAACAGGGUUGUUUGCAUCUGUUUCAUUUCACCUGUAUUAAAAGUGGAAAGAUGAACACACUGACACGCCUUGACUUUGCCUAUGACAUGUUAGCAUGUGUUCUGACUAAUCAUCACUUGUCUGUGUAUGCUCACAAAUUCAAAA